CAAACCAGUCAAAAACCUUCCCAUCUGAAACCUCUCUUUUUUCUCCAUUUCGGACAAGGAAAAUCAAGUUGGAUCGCUAGAUUUGCGCCCUUGUCAUCAUCAAAUUCACAAUGACAACAGCCGAUAAUGCGACAAGCCUCUCCACCAGCGAAUCGUCUGAGCCACCCAUACUCCACGACCAAGGCAUGCCCAAGGCUGCGCGUGCCCACCGUAGCAGGACUGCCAAGAAGAACGCACUUUCCAAGGACCUCAACGUUACUAUUUCCUCUUCAGAUCAGGCUCUUUUGACCAAAUCCGUCAUUACCGUCAAGAACGUCAUGAAGGAGCAAAACGCUGGGUCGACAGCCAAUGCUCCCAGCAUCAGUGAUGCUGGUGUUUCGGCAUCUGAUGCUUUGCCUAAGAAGCCGGGUCAACUAUCGUCUUCUCCUAUCGUGGAUCAGGCCCUAGACAACCUGUUGGUAAUGAUACGACCUGAGCGUCAAGAUCUUCUUCAGGGCCCUUGCAUAACCAUUCACGUGGGUGGAACGUCGGUUAUCAAUAUCUCCAAGCGCGCUGCAAUGGCUACUUCUUCUGUCCUUCACAAGCACUUCACCGCCAAUCCUGAGUCGCUAGAAUAUCGUUUCUCGCGUGGUCAGGUUCAUCCUGGCGCAGUCCGCUUUCUGCUCAUUGACUGGAUGCAGGAGACGUGCAAUGAGUUUGAAGCCUAUGCCAUCCCAGCUCAGAAGACCUUUGGCGAGGACGUUGCUAUCUUGUGCGCCGCUCGCUUGUUGGGCAUGGAGCGUUAUUGCCGUCAUAUCCUCACCGGCUAUAUUGGUUAUCUUAAGACCCAUCUUCCGAGUUACGAGGAGAUCAUUGCUAUCGAACAGAACGCCACCUCUGAUAAAGACCCGCUCUGGACUGCGAUGAUCAACCACCUCUGUCAUGAUCGCUACAAAGGUCUUAUACCUGAUGCUGAAGACUUCGAGGCGUUUCUGGAGAAGCACACUCGUCUGAAGAAGGCUAUGGAGUCGGCUGAUAUCUUCUUCGCUGGAUACGCGAAGAAGCGAGCCGAGGGCCGGGAGAAAGAGCGCCGCCAGCGCUGGGAGCAAAACCAGGCUGAGAAACGUCAGCGUAUUGCAAGAGAGCAGCUUGCUGCUGAGUCAUUGAAGAAGAAGCUUGACGAGAAGGGCUCCGGUCUCAUGUCUGUCACGGCGGAUGAGGCGGAGGUGCUACGAGGGCGCACUCGCACCCGUUAG